CUGUUUACUUAAAACUCGUUUUAGAAAGUAAAUAUGGAUCCCUCCUGGGAGUUUCAAGCUCCACAGUUCGUGGAUUUCACUAAUCUGGACGAUGACAAGAGCGCUGAUACUUUCUUUGAUGUUGAUAUGGAGAGUGGAAGCCGUGUUAGUCAAAUAUUUUCAGGUAAGAUAUCGGAUGAGUUUAAGUCUGCUCCUGCUCCUAUGCCUACUGUUACUGAGUCUGCUGAACCUGCAGAGCAACCCAGUCAACAGGAACCUGAGAAACAGAAAAUGCGUCCUAAAAACAUGGUGACCUCCUGGGAAGGCCUGAAGAUAAAGGCGGGUAAACCCGGCGAUAUACCCGUCAAAUCAAAUGAGGCGCCACGGCGGGUUCAGCGGGGGCGUUCGGGAGAUUUGAGCACUAGCUCUCAGCAGGCUAACAGACAGAACACCCCCGCCAGAAGAUCUCUACGACAGACAGUAGUGGAUACAGUAGAGAAUAUCAGGCGCUCUCCUGCCUUGAAACCUAAGAGACUAGGUACGAAUGUAGAGGCUCCUAGGAUUCCAGUUUCACAGAUAAGUAAAAGCCUUACAUCCUCUACUGCAAGAGCCAGAUCCAAGUCUCCCGGUCAUGCGUUACCGCGGACCCCUGACGUUAUGCGCAGGUUAAAAUCAAAGAUGGCCGCUGGCCUUGCUCAAGCUAAGGAGAGUGCUGAUUUCAAAGUUAAGAAAUCUAUAACUGGGAAGAAACUGAACCAGCCAAUGAAAGCCAACGCUCAGCCGGCGUUGAAAGCUACUGUGUUGACCAGACCAGCGGAGUUUAAGUUUGCCACGUCAGCUAGGGUCAAGGAAUCUCGUCGUAGAUCUAUGAGUGUCCCCGAUGCCCCAGAUUUCUCUAGACUGCUCCGAAGUUAUAGUAAACCUACAGUGGAGAGUAAUGUAAACAAAGAGACGACAAAACCAGUUCCAUUCCCCAGAGCUGAGAUGAACAGGAAGAGAACAGUUCCUUUAAAUAUAUUUAAAUCUAGAGCAGAGAUGAACAGGAAGAGAAGACACUCAGAAGAAAACUCAGCAAAGGAUAAAUACAGAUCCAUGGCGGAACAAAUAACCAAAUUCCAGGCAGGCACUCCUGAUAGAUUCCGGUCAAAGCCUAGAGGGAGGUCAUCUAGUCCUAAUAAGAUUCGCCUUAGGUCUCAGUCCCCUAAACUAACAGUCCCCAAGACCCCUAUGCUCACAACGAAAGGUAGAAGCCGACCCACUUAUGUCAUGAGCCAGAAGGAGAAGGAGGAGUUGGAGUUGAAGGAGAUGAAGAUGAACCAGUUCCACGCCAAGGCGGUCGGAGAGACGCUCCCUAGAUAUAACUACGGCGAGGUGGAGAAACGUCCUUGCACCAUUCCUCAACCCUUUAACCUCGCCAAAGCAUCAAAACCAUUCGCUAAACCUCAACUUCAGGAGGAGCACGUUGAACCCUUCCAUAGCCGGCCUCUCAAUAAGAAGAUCCUUCAAGGACCAACAGGAAUCCCUGAUAGAAAAGUUUUACCUGUAGUGGAACCGGAAUCCCCUGCAUUUGCUCUGAAGCAGAGGUUGGGUAGUAGAAGAGCCCCGGUAGAACCUGUUCUUGAACAUGAGCGUAUAAUCAAGGCUAAACCUGUUCCUCACUGGGGAGUCCCUGUAGCACUGCCCCAGGCUAAUAAACGGUCAACUGUACCUGAACCUUUCUCAUUCGCAGAGAGGGACACUAUGUCUGCUGCACGUAAAGAGGAAAGGAUAAAGAAGCUGCUGGAGGAAGAAAAGCAUGCUCGGGAGUUCCAUGCACAGCCCAUAGCUAAGGGUCUUGAUAAUCCAAAGUAAGAAUUUUACUUUUAU